AUGAAGUUCACUGCCCUCAUCUUGACGGCCUUCAUUGCCUCUGCUCAAGGCUUCGGGGUCCCUUCUCCCAAGGUUUCUUCUCCCAAGGUUUUGGUGCCAGCCGCUACUCAGCUGGAAUCCACUUCCACUGGAUGGGAUAGUUUCAUUAACGCCAAUUCCCGUGAAUCCCAAGACAUCCCCGAUGGUGAAGCUCAGCGUCAGUUCCGUCGUACCGUCUACACACACGAUGACUGGAAGAAGCACCGUUCCCAAGACCGAUUCCUCUUCUACCUUGGAGCUGUGUUCAAGUCUGGAGUGUACAAGAACUUGGCCCGUGAGGUUGCCCUCACAACAGCCAUUGCUGCUGUUGUGUGCAUCUACAAUGGUCUUGUCGGAGGAUUGGUCGGUCUAGAUGGAGUGCAACAAGAGCCCAUUUUGGCUGCUGACUUUUUGGUCAAGAUUGGACUUCCUUUGACACCCUUCACCUUGGCCAGUUCUUCCCUUGGUCUCCUUUUGGUUUUCCGUACCAACACAUCCUACCAACGCUGGGACGAAGCCCGAAAGAACUGGGGAAUGAACAUUAACCACACCCGUGAUCUGGUUCGUAUGGUGAACACCUUUUAUGAUUCCACUGGAGUCUCUCCUGAACAGCGUGCUGAUGACCUCAACCAUGUUGCUCUGUGCACAUGGUCUUUUGUCCGUGCCAUGAAACGUCACUUGUCUCCUGAGGAAGAAGACGAACAAGCCUUCCGUGCCGAACUUUACGAGAAGCUUCCCCAGCAACAGGCUGAGAUGAUCAUUGAUGCUGCUCACAGACCCAACCGAGCCCUGCAAGAUCUUUCUUUUGCUAUUGAUGACUGCCCCAUGCACUUUAUGAGAAAGAACGAAGUCCACAGGGCCGUCACCAUUUUCGAGGAUGAUUUGGGAAGUUCCGAACGUCUUUUGACUUCUCCCGUCCCAGUCUUUUACUCCAGGCACUUGAGCCGAAUGUUGUUCGUCUGGCUUGCCCUUGUACCUUUCGCCCUUUAUGAUCCGUUUGGUUCCACAUGGAACCAUGUCGGUAUGAUCCCUGCCACUGCUGUCCUGUCCGUGUUUUUGUUCGGAAUUGAAGAACUUGGAACCCAACUAGAAGAGCCUUUCACUAUCCUUCCCAUGCAAGCCUUCUGCGACAAGAUUUACAACUGGUGUAUGGAAAUCAUGAGCUGGUCUCCUGGUGACAACGGUCGACCAAUGACACCCAUCCGACCUGAGCACCAGUACUUUGCCUCUGUCCCUGUCCCACAAGAAUCCUUGUACACAGAAGUGUACCAGUCCUACGAGGAGCCCGCUCCUGGACCCGUCUACGAGGAGCCUGCCAAUGGUGGAGCCAAUGGUGGAGCCGCCGCUGGAGACAUCUCUAUGGCCGACUUUUUGAAAAGCCAGAAUCCUUCCAUUUAA